GUCUUUCUGUUCUUCCUCCCGUGUCGUAGGCUUCUCGGUUUCUUAUUCUUUCUCGCUCUGCGGUGUGACGAGGCGGAAUUACCCCCAUCACCCAGUACUCUUCUUUUUUUAUCCUGCCUGCGCUAUUGUAUUUCUCUCCUCCGGCCGCCGCCGCCACUGCUGCACAGCUGGUGUCGGUGCAGCGCGUUUCCCCCCACGUCGUUCCCGCAGCCUAUGGCCCAGGCCGCCUUGGGUAUUUCUGCUCAAGGUAACCACAUCCCUCUUUAAAAAUUCCGCCGAAAAAGAGAAGACGCUUUACCCGACUCUUUGGGCCGUUAUCUCACGGCGUACUUUCUGACCAAGUAUACAACUACCCAGAGGGCCUAGGAGAAGUGCUGUAUAGAGAGCAGUUCGAUUUCAACGCUGAGCCACCUUGGGAACCUAGCUGAUGAUAGGGGGGUUCCAUCUCCUAACUUGUCCAUUUUGUUGCAUAUUCUAAGGACCCAGACAUAAGGCUUGGUGGCCCGUCUCUUGUUUUUCUUGGUUUAUGACUUUCGGCUUUGUGGAAUACGGCUGAGAUGAAAGGAUUUAUCGACGAUGCAAACUACUCCGUUGGCGUGUUGGAUGAAGGGACAAACCUUGGAAAUGUUAUUGAUAACUAUGUUAAUGAACAUACCCUGACAGGAAAAAAUGCCUUUUUUGUGGGAGAUCUUGGGAAGAUUGUGAAGAAACACAGUCAGUGGCAGAAUGUAGUGGCCCAGAUAAAACCAUUCUACACAGUAAAGUGCAACUCCACUCCAGCUGUACUUGAGAUUUUGGCAGCUCUUGGAACUGGAUUUGCUUGUUCCAGUAAAAAUGAAAUGGUUUUAGUCCAAGAAUUGGGUGUAUCUCCAGAAAACAUUAUUUAUAUAAGUCCUUGCAAGCAAGUGUCUCAAAUAAAGUAUGCAGCAAAAGUUGGUGUUAAUAUCAUGACAUGUGACAAUGAUAUUGAGUUGAAGAAAAUUGCACGUAAUCAUCCAAAUGCCAAGGUCUUACUACAUAUUGCAACAGAAGAUAGUAUUGGAGGUGAAGAGGGUAACCUGAAGUUUGGCACUACAUUGAAGAAUUGUAGGCAUCUCUUGGAAUGUGCUAAGGAACUUGAUGUCCAAAUAAUUGGAGUUAAAUUUCAUGUUUCAAGUGCUUGCAAAGAAUCUCAAGUAUAUGUACACGCUCUAUCUGAUGCUCGAUGUGUGUUUGACAUGGCUGGAGAAUUUGGAUUCAAGCUGGACAUGUUAGAUAUUGGUGGAGGCUUCACAGGAACUGAAUUUCAGUUGGAAGAGGUUAAUCAUGUUAUCAGCCCUUUGUUGGAUGUCUACUUUCCUGAAGGAUCUGGCAUUAAAAUAAUUUCAGAACCUGGAAGCUACUAUGUGUCUUCUGCAUUUACACUUGCAGUGAAUAUCAUUGCCAAGAAAGUUGUUGGAAAGGAUAAAUUUUCCUCUGGAGUAGAGAAAACCGGAAGUGAUGAGCCAACCUUUAUGUACUACAUGAAUGAUGGUGUUUAUGGUUCUUUUGCAAGUAAACUUUCUGAGGACUUAAAUACCAUUCCAGAGGUUCACAAGAAAUACAAGGAAGAUGAGCCUCUGUUUACAAGCAGCCUUUGGGGUCCAUCCUGUGAUGAGCUUGAUCAGAUUGUGGAAUGCUGUCUUCUUCCUGAGCUGAAUGUGGGAGAUUGGCUUAUCUUUGAUAACAUGGGAGCAGAUUCUUUACAUGAACCAUCUGCUUUUAAUGAUUUUCAGAAACCAGAUAUUUAUUACAUGAUGUCAUUUAGUGAUUGGUAUGAGAUGCAAGAUGCUGGAAUUACUUCAGACACAAUGAUGAAGAACUUCUUCUUUGUGCCUUCUUGCAUUCAGUUGAACCAAGAAAACAGCUUUUCCACCGAAGCUUAAGCAGGCAUCAUCAACACUUCUUUAGAUCUUGAAGUUACAAGUUAAGCUUGUCUGGUCAACAUUCCAGUGGCGGGAGGGCGGGGGAGGAAUUGAACAAUCCUAUUCUGUUAAUUCUCUUGGAAAUAAAACCAUUAGUGAUAGCUAUUUGGGACCAGACAAAAUCUCUUUCAACUAUAAUUCAUUGGGGCUAUUGGAAGAUUUAGAUAAUGUAUUCACAUUUAAACUUACCAGCUUGCCCUACCCCUAAGCAUUUAAAAUAAAAUAUGCAACAAAAUGGAUGACUUAGUGGAGAUGGAAGCCCAUUAAUUGGGUUCCCCAUUAAACCGUUUACAUACAAAGUACACAGUUUUUAUACUAAGGAUUCGUGUUUAAAAAAAAGUCUUGUAAAGUUAAUGUCUUUCACCCAGAUAUAUCUAAUGUCAGUGGAAGACUAGUGUGACUUCAUUAGAUACGUCUAGUGUAUUUAGAAUGUGUAAAUUUGUGCUUUGAACUGUAGUUUAAUAAAUGUAAAACUGCAUCAUAGUGUGUUGUGUUUGACCUAAUGUAAACCCUUGUAUGAUUGCAAUAAAUUUCUUGUGUAGAUUUUA